CCUAGUUUGUGAUGCAACAAAACUUUAGACGGUUAUCCACUCUCACAGAGCCAGACUCAUAUUCCUCCCCUUUGGUUAAUAGACAGAUGCCUCGCUUCAUUCUUGCGUGGGGACUAGAAUAGCUAGGAGCGCUGGCAGCAACAUGAAGACGCUCAUAGGAUUUCUUACAAUUUCAAGAGUGCAUCCUCCAUUUCGGACCAUACUUGGAAGAUGUAUAAUGACUAGUUCAGCUCAUGGCAAAGACCAGCAGGAUCAUUUGGACAUAACUGCCAACAACUCCAGGAUAGAGUUGGUCUGCCCUGCUGUAGUGAAUGAAGUGAAGCAUAUUUCUCCCACUGUCAAACAGCUCAAAUUACAUGUGAAGAGGAAAGAUUUCACCUUCAAGGCUGGACAGUGUGUAAAGAGGGUGAUGCAGUGUCAGUGAGAGCGGGUGGUGACUUUUAUUACGACCCCCAGACAGCGGAGGAGCAAACAGACCUGUUAUUGGUUGCUGGGGGCGUGGGCAAGAACCCCAUUUAUUCCAUACUGCAGCAUUUUGUCAACUUACAGCUGGAAUAUUGUGAUAGAGAGAGGAAGGUGGUACUGCUGUAUUCUUCCUCAGCCAGGGAGGAAUUGCUCUAUAGGGAUCACAUCAAAGAAUUGGCAGACAAAAGUUCCAACAUUUUCUACAAGUUCUUCGUCACCCAGCAACCGGAAAAUAAAGAAAGCACGCACAUGAGGAAUGGCAGAAUAGGAGAGGAUGAUGUUACAGAGGCUUUAGAAAAACUGAACACAGAGAAACUACUGUGCUAUAUUUGUGGACCCUCCACUAUGUCUAACGCCGUGGAGGGAUUUCUGCUGAAUUCAGGAGUUCCAAAAAAUAAGAUAAUGUAUGAGAAAUGGUGGUGAUGAUCAGGGAUUGUUUAUCAACUGAAUUAGCACACAUUUGUUGUUUAGUUCAAUGUAAUUUAACUUUAAAUGUUUUGACAGACAUGAUUAAUUUUCUAUUGACAAAAUUAGCUGUCUGAGGUGUGGUGGGACAUCUUUGUAGACUGCUUUUUGAAGUAGCUCAGUCUUUGUUAUGGAUCCCCACACCUCCCCUGCUCUUUCUCUCUUGCUGUAGAUUGAUAGUAAUAUUUAUAAAGUAAGUUAAAGCUUUACUGAUUGCCUUCUCUGAUGCUCUGUUGCAUUUAAUUAUGUUAAAAUAUUAUUGUAAUUUUUUUAAAAAAAAUACUUAUAAUGUAAGACAAUUUAUUUUUAUUUGUUUAUUUUUGCCUUGUAAAGUUUUAUUUAUUGUUUGAAUUGAGCGGAAGAAAAUUUUGUAGAUUCUAGUACCAAUAUGUUUUAAUUUGGUAUGUUGGCACUGCAGACAUACCAAACAUAACAAAAAACACUUGCCAAAUAUUUUCUAUAGACAAUGGAGUCUUAUUAGUGGAAAAUAAAAAAUUUAACAUGCAGCAGUAAAAUUUUGUAGUGAAAAAUAUGAAGGUAAAACAAUUCCUAAUUGUUUGGGAAUUUCAACUAUGCAAAUGUAUUGUUUGGUUUAUUAUGAAAAUGUUUUUAAUGGUGUAUAUUUAAAAAAUUGCUCAGUAUAUAACCGUGUACUUAGAAUAGAAAUUGGUUCUAUAAUUAAUUCUGGUACUGAAAUGUUCGUACUACUGCAUAUGUAAAUCAUUUACUGUAUCUCCUAAUUUAGCUCCAUACAUCCUUGUAUCAUGGUACAUGCUACAAGAGUCAUUUGAGUAAAUGGAAACCUUAGUUGUACUUAUUGCAUUUAUGCUGACUUGUAAUCUAUAUCAACUCGGUAUUAUUCUGUGUAAUUGUAUCAUUUAAGGGUCAGUUUGAAAACGGACAGUGAAUAAAAU